UCCAAAAGGUUCAGCAUUGUAGUACUACUACCAUGUGAAAAACAACUUUAAAGUUCCUUUCUUGAUAUUCUCCCUCAAGAAAAGAGUUCAUAGACAAGCUAUUCUUGUCUUUAAAGCAAUACAUUAGUUGAGUACAUAAAACCCCUAGACUAUUUAUCCGUUAUUUGAUUUUCUUAAUUACCUUAAAAUUCAAACAUUAGCCUGCAUUGAUUAUUUAAACAAAAAAUAUAUAACACUAAAAAUGCUAGGAAUUUUAAGGGCAUUAAGACUUGGGCAAACCCCUCAAAGGGCAUCCAUAUUCCAACAAUGCCAUGGAAAUGGAAUCAUUAGCCCCAACAAAUUGUCUUCUGGUUUCGGAUGUGUGACAUCCUCCCCACCCACCAUGCAGCUGAAAGGAUUGGAGAAUGUUACUGUCUCAGAGGUGCUUAUGACAAAAGGGCAAGAGAAGAUUGGUUCCUGGCUCUCAUGCCAAGUUGACGAUGCUGUUAUCAAUGCAAUGAAGAACGUUUAUCAGAUGGCUGAAAACAAUAUUGGAUCAUUGGUUGUACUAAAGUCAGAGGGCCACCUAGCAGGCAUUGUCACAGAAAGAGAUUGCUUGAAGAAAAUAGUUGCACAAGGAAGAUCACCCUAUCACACACAAGUUGGUGAAAUAAUGACUAAUGAGCAAAACUUGAUAACGGUGACCUCUGACAUGAACAUUCUUCAAGCAAUGCGACUUAUGACAGAGAAUCGUAUCAGACAUGUUCCAGUUAUAGACGGGAAAAUAGUGGGAAUGAUAUCCAUUGUAGAUGUAGUUCGAGCAGUGAUGGAGCAGCAAAAUGGAGAAUUGAAACGACUCAAUGAUUACAUCAAAGGAGAAUACUAUUAGCUAGAAACAAUUCAAUCACUGCAAUUAUAUAUAACUCAUCAGCUCUGAUCCUUAUAUAUAUAAACAUCUUUUAUAUA